UAGUUACCCACAUCGGAGCACAAUCCCUUUCCCCCGAGUCCGAACUCAAAGGCCACCAUAGAAACGGAGAAGACGGAGAAGCGUCACCUCCCGUGCUCCUUCCAUGGCGGCAUCUCUUUUCCUCUCUCUCCUCCCCGCACACAAGCUCCCUUCUAAUUCUACCCCUGUCCUUACGAGGAGGACGGCAAACAAGAAGCAGAAGAGCAAUUGUAUCUGCCCAAUAUCCGCCUCCUCGUCCUCCUCCUUCCGCAACGGGAGCCCGUCAGAGACGGACUGUCCGGUGCCUCUGGAUCAGCAGCCGGUGAACGAGUACCAGUCCCUCUCAACCUCCCUCCCCUUCUCCUGGGCCACCGCCGACCUCCGCCUCUACUCCUCCCGCCUCGCCCUCACCGGCGCCUCCUUCGCCCUCAUCGUCGGCCUCCCCGUCUCCGCCUUCGGAACCGGCAGCCUCUCCGACCCCCGCUGCGCCCUCGGGGUCGUCUCCGCCGGUCUUCUCGCCGUCACGCUCGCCGUCCUCCGGAUGUACCUCGGAUGGGCUUACAUCGGCAACCGCUUGCUCAGCGCCACUGUCGAGUAUGAGGAGACGGGAUGGUAUGAUGGUCAGAUAUGGGUGAAGACCCCUGAAGUUUUAGCUCGCGAUCGUCUUCUAGGUUCAUUUUCUGUGAAACCCGUGUUAAGCAGAGUGAAGCUUACUUUAAUAGGUCUCGCGAUCUCCUUAGUCGCAUGUGCCUUCCUUUUCAUCAAUAUCGAAAACCCAAGGGAUACAUCAAAGGAUUCUGGGGAGCGAACUGUAGCUGGGGCAUACAGUGAUGAAUCUGCAAGGUCAUUUGAGCCGGACGCAUUCUGCGAUUUCAUUCGGAUCCGACCCAUCGUCACGAAGGUUCGCCGCUCUCACGCUUUUAUUCCACGAUCGUGCCGUCCUGCAAAUCCGUCAGCAUCUCCUCCUCCUCGUCUUGAUGCUGGACUUCGUGGUUCAUCGGAACCACCCGCUUGCCUUCUUCUCCGAGUUUUUCUUUCCCUACCCGCUUCUGUGAUGGCGAGUAGAUUGUGGAGGAUGUAUGCCGACCGGCAGUUCUACAAAUGGGAAAAGACAGUCCUUUGGGAUAUGAUCGAGCCAUAUAGGCGUCCCAAAUCCUUCACCCCUCUUAUCUCGAUCUAUGUCGCUGCCUUCUACACAGGGGUUAUCGGAUCCGCCAUUACCGAGCAGCUUUAUAAGGAAAAAUACUGGGAAGAACAUCCAGGUGAAGCGGUGCCUAUCAUGAGGCCAAAAUUCUAUUGGGGCCCUUGGAAGGUGUAUCAAGGAGGGGAACUUCCUCCAAAUAUGUGAACUUAAUAGUUUCAUGGAUCGUCUUGAUAUUUGGAGUAGAUGGACGCUGCAAGCUGAUUGUGGUUGCAGAUUGGCGUGAUAAUGGUCUUCACUGGUACAAAAGUUCAACUAGAUUUGUCUUGUAUUGUUCAUUUCACAUUUAUGUUUAUGUAUGUACACAUUAAUAGGACCAACUUUAGGACUUCAACAUGAACCUGAAGACCCCGAGAAUCCAAGUACUUCUAUA